GCGGAGCUACACCGGCUCCCGCAUAGGAAGCGCAAGAAAGAUUUUUGUGCUUCACUUCAAAGACGCCAUGAAAAACUUUAACGGGCGGCUCGUCGUCUUCGUCAUCUUCGGCCUCAUCUGCGUGGAGCGUGCACAGGCUGUGACGUGUUUCUCACGCUUCGAGCGGUCGUCGGGCACGUGUGCCGAAGAGCUCGGGGACGUCGACGAAGACGACUGCUGUCUCAAUCCGCACUACGCUUACGUCACACAAGAUGGAGAGUGCCAGUCCUGCGGCCCUCCGACGUGGUCUGACUGGUCGCCGUGGUCACCGUGCACCGCCCUGUGCGGGGAGGGCGUGACACAGAGGAGCAGGGACUGCUUUGGCAUCGGCCAAUCGGACUGCAAGACUGCUGACCACACGCUGCAGACCAAAGCCUGCAACGGCACAUGCUGCAACGAGGGGUGGAGCUCGUGGGUUGCCUGGUCGCCAUGUUCGGUGACGUGCGGAGGGGGCGGAGUCAGGAAGCGAGAGAGGCUCUGCCCCGCCCCUCCCGAGUGCCUCUCGGCCUGCCUGGGCGCCUUCGAAAUCGAGAAGUCGUGUGAGGCCCCCGGCAAUUGUCCAGUGCACGGCGGGUGGUCGUCGUGGUCAUCGUGGUCUUUGUGUUCGUCCUCGUGCGCGCAUGACGACGUGGCGUUGCCGUCCAGACAGCGCCAUCGCUCCUGCUCUGACCCCGCCCCUUCUGCCGAUACGGCGCCGCCCGGGGACGAUUGCCAUGGAGAAGACGUGCAGCUACAGAGCUGCGGCGACAUCCCAAAAUGUCCAGUGGACGGCCAGUGGGGGGAGUGGUCGCCCCCGGGAACUUGCUCCGUCCAAUGUGGGGAGGGGCUUCGAUUGGCCACCAGGCAGUGCGAUCGGCCUCCGCCCAAAUAUGGCGGACGACUCUGCGAGGGACCGAGCGGCCGCGCCAGCGCGUGUCACGUCACCUGCGCAGUUGAUGGAUCCUGGUCCGGCUGGUCCCAUUGGGGCGAGUGUUCUUCUUCCUGCAUCCCGGAAGGCGGAGCUCCUGUCAAGACUCGCCGCCGCUCCUGCUCUAGCCCCGCCCCUUCAAUCCUCCCCCCAGGUGAGGGUUGCCGUGGCGACAUCAGCUCCGCUGAGGCCUGUGACCAUCUUCCACAUUGCACCGUGCACGGCGCGUGGGGGUCCUGGUCGUCCUUCUCGGCGUGUCCCGUCACCUGCGGCGUCGGACUCGAGGUGUCGCGCAGGAGCUGCGACAGCCCCGCCCCCAAACACGCCGGCCGCCCGUGUCCCGGCGACGAGCGGCGCACUCGCCUUUGCAACGUCGACGUCCACUGUCCGGUGGACGGCGAGUGGUCCGAGUGGUCGCCGUGGCAAAGUUGCAAAUAUCCGUUCCGGAGACGCGACAUCCGCUGCAAGCAGAUCGGCGGAAAUCAAAAUCGAGAGCGCCAAUGUUUGCAUCGAGCGCACAACGGCUCCAUCUGCGGGGGGGAAGACCUCAGCCUCAGCCAGUACCGGGGCUGCUACGACGUCAGCAGUUGCUACCUGAAGGGCAGCUGGGAGGGCUGGGAGGCCUGGUCUCUGUGCAAGCCGGCGUGCGGAGGGAACUCUCGGCGCACCCGCACCAGGAAAUGUCAGCCCGAUUACAGCGAUUAUCGCCCCACUAUCAGUCGUCUGAAGCAGCCGGCCAUCUUCGUGGGGACGCCGAUGUCGGACUGCGGGGAGGCGCCAGGGGGCGUCACCGUGGAGGUUCGGCCUUGUGUCAACGUGCCCGCCUGCAACUGAUGCCCGCGUGCGUGUUCUCAAUAAAAUAGU